GCAGGGAGAGAGAAAGUCGCGUCUGUAGACUUUAUAUGCGGCUGCCUGACGAAGAAAAGCGGCAAGCCCGAAGAACCGCCACUGAGAUCAGGGAUGGUGAUGCCGAUAUAUACUGUGUCAUCAUCAUCACUAACGGACAAAUGUAUCGAAAUCCAGAAGUAGAUAAAGCAACUAAACCGGAUACGCUCUAUUGCGCGUUUGUUUUUAGUUUUUUUUUAUCCGUUAAAGGUCGGGAGGUAUCGCUUCCAAAUCGAAAGAGAUGCGAGCAUCUUUCAUGAUCUACAUGGAGAACAACUAAGACGAGAGGUAUCCACAGAUGAUGAGCUAUCCCUGUGCGUAAAAUGGCAAGCGUGCUGUCUGGCUGAAACGGAAUGGAUAUAUACCCUACUGCAUAGCGACAUAGACGUGCUGCCUGCCUCUGAGUCUAUUCCUGCGCGGGAGUUGUGUGGAAGAUGUACUGGAGGAGAGUGGUGAUCAGCGCACCGAAUUACCGUAUCCGCGCACAGCAGUCAGAGAGAGGGGGCGAAUAGAAAGCUGCUGGUGAGCCUGUGGUUACCGAGUCACGGACGCGGGCUGAAGUGGUAGUGGGAAUGCCAGCACUUCAAACGAUGGGGCUUUAACAGCCCCGCUUCAUACUGAUGCACCAAACACUUAAAUUUUGACCCAGCACUGAGUCCUUUUCCACGGCCAUGAUCAUCUAUUUUUCCCCUUCAGCUGACGGAUUGUCUAGUAUUUUUAUUCGCCCCAGCUAUUUCUGAAGGGGGAUUUAUUUUGUGCAUUCCACACGUGUUGUAGACUGUUUUCUCUUAUUUUUUUGGGGGGGUGAGAAGCAUUGCGCUGGAUGGGAGCAGAAUGGAAGGCUGUGUGUGUCUCUGAAGACUGCUGGCCUCUCUCCUCGGGUGUUAAUAAGCCGUCGCCACUCGCCAGCCAGGAUGCAGCUUCUUAGAGUUGCGUGGGCUUUAGCGGGAGCGGCAAUCUGUUGUUUUGUUGUUCUUCUCAUCCACUCACGCUUGCUCAAAGAAGGUCAACUGGCGGCAGGGACAUGUGAGAUUGUGAUGCUGGACAGGGACAGCAGUCAGCCCAGACGGACCAUUGCCAGACAGACUGCACGGUGCGCCUGUAAGAAGGGACAGAUCGCUGGGACGACAAGAGCCAUGCCAGCCUGUGUGGACGCUAGUAUCGUUCGGACGAAACAGUGGUGUGAGAUGGUCCCAUGUUUGGAAGAUGAGGGCUGUGACCUGUUAAUCAAUAAAUCUGGAUGGACUUGUACACAACCAGGAGGCAGAGUCAAAACCACUACAGCUCUAUGACGUGACUGGAGUCCCUGUGGAUCCUCCAUUCCUCUGACAGUACCAUGGCAGAGGAGAGCAUUGAUGACCCUGACAGACAGCCUCAGCCCACACCACCAAUCACCACCACCGGUCCAUGAACACGAACAACCAAUUCUAAACCAUACUGGGCAUUAUCCACAAAGCAAGGUCUCUUAAACACAGUCAACCAUGGCCAAUACUGGAGGGUUUGAGGGAACUUUGGGGAAGUCGAGAGCGAGGUCUCAUCUUUGACUCUGGGGAAGUUUCCUUGUGCCCUGACUCCUAGCUCUACCCGUCUACGGCUCUGACCAACCAAUGACCAUCCGCUGUAGAUAACCCACUGUCUGUCAUUGGAUCAACAUGUCCCGUCUGCCUGCUCCUAUUACUGUCCGUCUGCUUUGUAAAUGAGCAGAAUCUUCUAGUGCCAAGGAGGUCAGGUGUCCAGCGGGGCCUUGUCCAGAGAGGGAGAGAGUGGUAACUAUGGAGCCAUUUUGGAUCGACUACUGUACUGUUCAGCUAAUGUCUGCUAAUUUUCAGUGGACAGAGGACUCCCACUACUUCAACCUCACCUGCUUCUGUUAGACUGUAAUGGGACAGUUACGUUUCCCUAAGAACAAGGAUUAUUGUGAACCAGGCCCUCUCUGAAGUGUCUGACCUAGCGCCAGACUAUGGACUGGACCAAACGUUGGACUGAAUCUAUCCAGACUAUGGACCAGACUGGACCAGAUCCUACUGCUUGCCUUGUGCUCUGCUGUGAAUAGAACUUCUGCUGGAGUAGUACAACUUUGGCACUCUUCAUAUUUUUAUAGACCAAAGAGGAAAAAAUAACAGUUCAUUGUAAGACUAGAUGGACCAGAUUGGGAAAGAGAAAUGGAUACUUGUUUUUCUUGCUACACCACAAUGACUGCCCACAUAGCUGUAGAUGUUGGGCUUUAUGUCAUUUUGAACAUAGACUAUAGUCUAGUGGGACACGUAUACAAUCAAAGGAGUUACCUUUAAAAACGUUUUUUUUCUCUGACUAAACCCACCACUGUAUUUUGAAACUGAAGAUAUAGGUAAACAUAUGUGUAUAAAAAAAUCUGAUUUGCAUUUUUCAUUAGCUACAAAUUGGGAUAGGUUGCAAUAAGCAUGGUUGGUAAAACGGUAAAAGAGUAAAACUACUGAUCAUCAUUGAGGCAAAAAAGAGAAUAUUGAAACUGUCAUUUCUGAUUGCGGCUGUUGGGCGGGGGAAAGGCAAAUUUCAUUAAAUGUAUUUUGAAAGGCAUAAAGCGUAUAUAUUUAACAGUUUUAUAUGUUGUACCUUUGUAGAGAACCUUAUUCGACAUGAAUAAUGUGGUCACAAAAAUGGCCGCCAUAAGAACAUGAAAAACAAGCUCUCUGACGCUGGUUUGUCCUGCUCUCUUUCUGUUCUCAUGACAAGAAACUUCUCUCCUCAUACCUCUAAUCUCCCAAUCUAUCAAUCACGGAUAAAGGAAAGAAAUGCACUUGAGUUCACUCAGAAUGUUUUAAAUAUUUAAUGAUAAUAUUUUACAGAUGUUUGUGAGAGUCUUGCUGUGUAUGGUUUUAAUGUGGUUAACAACUGACACAGCAUAUACAAUCUGACUGAACCCUCAAUGCUGUUUCCCUUUAUCUGCAAUUGAUUGAAUUCCGGCAUGAGAGUCACUAUCUAUCAAAAACAUGAAAAAUUACAUUACAACAUGAAUUGAGCUUAAUCACAGACAGAGAUUUUGUCACUUUAGUCAAUGAGCAGCCUUUGGAACCUGAUGAUGGCUGAAGUAUUGCAUUGUAAAAGGUUUGGAAUACUGACUAAUUUCUCCAUAAUGUCACAUUUUAUUUUUGUGCUUGUGUUUGUCGCACAAUGCUGAUCCCCAGUCCCGAGUGACGAAAAUGAUGAGACGUGAAGAAGGGAGGCAUUGCGGGAAAAGCUUUAGAAUACUUUACAUACUUUUUUAUCAUUAAAUAUUUUAAGAAUAAAUACAUGAAAUAACCAUCACUAGCUAAUACAGACACUUUGAUAUUCAAAGUCAUCCAAUUUAUUCAAGUAAGAUUGAUCAUAUCUUAUUUUGUAUUACGUUUAUUUAAUUGUUCUGUCCUAUAUGCCAAAAACUGACAGCCUGAAAUAGUUUUUUUCUUCUAGACCAUAUACUUUACAGUGUCUAAUUGUCAACAUGUAAGUUCCUCAUACAUAUCUAAUAGGUAAACACCUGAUAUACAUAAGUAAACCAAAUCAAAUUAUUUAUAGACAGUCUCGCUGGGAUUUGAUUACAAUAACAUAUGAAUAUGAAUGUAUUGAUGCAGAGUUGAUGAAGGCAUUUGCUCAGAGUGACAAUUAGGACUGAAAUAAUAGAAGUUGACUGACUCAAUAUGUGUAUGCUGCUGGCUGUAUCUAUUAUGGUGGAAGGGAUUCCACAAUUAUACAAGAAUAUACAGUACAUAUGCAGAAUAGUACACCUGGUCAAUAUUUAAUGACCUUCAAGAUUAUGAUGUUGAAUAACUUACAAAGGGUUACCCUGUAAAGGGCUAUGGAUCUAAUGCAAGUGAAAACACAUCAAAAGAGAUAUCAGUUCCCUGGACAGCACCACAUAACCAGACACCCGCUACAUUAGAUGGUGCUGUCCAUGGGGCUCUGAUUCCAUGAAAGACACAAAUCCAAGCCUUCAUAGAGGCUUCAAAGGUCUUGUGUUUUGCUCUGAGUGAAGGCCUACACCUUCCAGAUUAACCCCCAACUUGUCCGGAUUCACUUCGGUUCAGAUCCAGAUGCUGAACUUCUCUUAUCCACACUUGGCUCUCUGCUGUUCCGUCCAACUGACUGACUUUCAUUAACUGACUGACUGGGACCAGUCCGACUAGCUGGCUGACUGACUGACGUUCCUUCCUAAUCCUAACUGACUGGAUCAGCCUGUUCCACCAACACCAGCUGGAGAUUAUUAAUACAGUUGUUGUUGACAAAGAAGUUUUCUAAAGAUGCAAAUGAGAAGUGACUUUCCUGAAAGAGAGAGAGAGAGAGAGUGUGUGUGUGUGUGUGUGUGUGUGUGUGUGUGUGUGUGUGUGUGUGUGUGUGUGUGUGUGUGUGUGUGUGUGUGUGUGUGUGUGUGUGU